AGCGGACCAGCUCAAGAUGAGGGCUGGGAUCAAAGGCCGCAACAAGCGCGGUCCAAGGCGCAAGAAGGGCACUCCUUCUAAGAAGGCAAAGAAGGAUCACCUUCGAAGCGAAGGAGAGACUUGCUUCGUGCGACUUCAUCCGAAGCUCGAGGCUGAUGCUUCCAAGGACCUCGCCGGGCCCAAGAAGGGUUCUGCCGUGGCCAAAGCGAAGCCGGGCGCGGCCCCGAAGGCCAAGAGCAAGGCCAAGGCGAAAGCAAACGCGAAGGCCGUCAUGGAUGUGGGUGACACCGCGAAAAAGCCCAAGUGCGAGGGCAAAGGAGCCAAGAGGGCUCAGCCUGAGGACGACACGGGUUUGCCGCGAGCCAAGGGAGCUCGCAUGAACUUCGCCAAGAAGUGGGGAGAUAAGGAUUGGUCAUCGUACAAGGUUGACAUGAAGGCCGACUUGGAUUGCCUCGAAUACUGUAUUGGAAAAAGCCGGCAACAGGCGACCGUCACGGCGAAGACCGCGAGCUUGUUUGGCUACGACGUCGAGUGGCUGUUGCACGACGGCUACGUCGACGAGGAAUCCCUCGACUCCUCAAAGGACCUCGAUGCCAUGA